UCCCGGGAGUUCUCCUCGUCGUCCUGCAACUCGGUGGACCUUAGCCUCGCGGUGCAAGACGUGGGCGACCGGCUGAUCGAGGUGAUCGGGCUGGAGAACUGCCUGCACAUGGGCCAGGUGCGGACGGGGCUGCGCGCCAGCGGCCGCCGCCUGGCGCAGUGCUCCUCCGUCGUCAUCCGCACGCGCAAGCGGCUGCCCAUGCAGAUCGACGGCGAGCCGUGGAUGCAGCCGCCUUGCACGAUCACGGUGACGCACAAGAACCAGGUGCCCAUGCUCAUGGCGCCCCCUCCCGACAAGAGCAAGGGGUUCUUCAGCUUCUUCCGGAAAUGAAAAUAGUCCGGCGGCGUUGUCGCGUGAAGCACCGCGAAGCACGAGAGACUAAAUGUUUUGAGUGCGGCGAUGAAGCGUCCAGACUUCUCAAAAUAUGUUUCCAUGAUCCGCGUAUCUUUUCGUCUCUCUCUCAAGAAAGAGAAGACAGUGAUAGUGAUAGCGGAUCGUGGCGCCGCGCCCAACCCCGUGCUGUGAGUGCCAUCUAUGGGACUUCCCUGGAGCGAGCGCCGUCGACCAGACACUUCUUAGUUGCCGGAGACAUGCUGUUGUCACGGCAAGGGACAUCAUCACUCAUCAAGUCAUUCCUGUGUGGAACAACUCUACUUACUGUAUGAAAAUUUAUUUUAGAAUAAUAAUAUACGGUUAAGGCUGGUUCUGUAAAACUGAACGACCAAAAACUUGGAGUAGGCAAAAAUAGUUCACAACUAAUUUUUAAAAAAGUAAUUAAUUUUUCAUGGGAGCCUUAAAAAGUUAUGUAAGGUGUAGAACAUUUUAAAAUAUUCUGGCGAAUCGAAAAUAUCUCUGAACAUUGUAAUUGCGUCUCGUCGCCUUCUCUUUCACUUGCAGAACCACGGAGUUCGUAUUCGAAUGAUUCGGACGAUGCCUCGAUAUUCUAGUCAAAGUUGUUAUUUUUGGGAGCUUUUUUUGUGUUGCAAGUCAUUUGAGACCUCGGUCAAUGAAGUUGGCAUCUGUGAAAAGCAGCAAGUCACUCCAAUGUGACAGCUGUUUGUCCUUUCAAAGUUAAUUAUUGAUCUGUACUUUUUAAUUGAAUUUUCACCUUGUUUCUUAAUAAUGAGGGCUUAGCAUUUCGCAAUGUUUUGACUUCUUUCUAUUAAAUUUUAGUUGACAAUAUUUAACGAUAUACGUGACGAUAGCAAGUAUCAUAAUCAUCCCCUCUGCUCUAAGACAAAACAUGUUUGUAAAAAAUAUACUUCCCGUAGGAUAGCUACAUCCAUACCUCGUCACCUUACAUGGUCGCCAUCUUUCCCGUCCCCGUUUCCUCUUGUACCUAAACUGUCAUAUCACCAGUCAUCAAUAAUUUAAUUGAAUUACAAUUCUUCUAAAAACGA